UCCUCCCUCCGUCUGCUCCUCUCACUCCGCUCCUCUCGUGCCGGCCCGUCCUCCACCUCUGCCCGGCCACACUCCCACGCAGACCACGCCGACUACCGGAGACCAGCACGGGACAAAGAGCUGGGUCACGACGGUCACGACGAGAGAAAAACAGCCUGGCAGAAAAAUAUCGGGUCGCAUUUUUUUAAAGCAGCAUCUCAUUCAUCGUCCCAUCUGUAGACACUUUUUCUAGUUGUAACCGUAGUCAGUGUUUUGUUUAAAAGGAACAACUUUGUACGCCAUGGAAAGAUGUAAAAAUCUCUCCGGGUAGUAAAGUUGGACACAAACUGCGCCCUUCUGCGGAGCACAAGUAGCGGUCUGGGCUCACUCUCAGGACCGUUAGGUUUGUAGCUAGCUAGCUGGGUGGGACCCGGACGACUUCGUGGAAAAAUACACUACUUUUUUCUUAAUUGCGAGCCCUGUUUCACGCUUCACUACGGGGGAAAACACCAAAGUAGAUGAAUGAUUACAACUUCUACUCUGAGCUCUGUUCGCUGACUAAUCAGUAAGUCAGGUGAAGGAUGCUGUCGGGGCUGAGCGACUGGUUCUGGCAGGAGCAGCUGUGGUUUCCAAAGGGCCUGGGCUGGGCUGACCUGGAGGAUCGGGAUGGAAGAGUCUACGCAAAAGCCCAAGACUUGUGGGUGGCACUACCCAUCGCCCUUAUAUUCCUCAUUUUCCGCCAGAUCUUUGAAAGAACGGUGGCUACACCUCUAGCUUCUCUGCUCGGGGUGAAAGAGACAGUGCGGCUCCAAGUCCCUCACAACCCCACACUGGAGUCCUACUAUUGUAACAUUACCAAAAACCCCAAACAGACGCCAAUAGCAAGUCUUUGCAAGCAGACCGGCUUUUCAGAAAGACAAGUGCAGAGGUGGUUCAGGAGACGAAGGAACCAGGACAGACCCAGUUUGCUCAAAAGGUUUCGAGAGGCCAGUUGGAGAUUUACCUUUUACCUUCUUGCUUUCAUUGCUGGCCUGGCCUCCCUCAUCGAUAAACCCUGGCUGUACGACCUGAAGGAGAUGUGGCAAGGCUUUCCUGUGCUGACUCUCCUACCCUCUCAGUAUUGGUACUACAUGAUUGAGCUGGGUUUCUACGGCUCUCUGCUCGUCAGUGUGGCGUCUGAUGUCAAACGCAAAGACUUCAAGGAGCAGAUCGUUCACCAUGUGGCGACAAUCCUCCUCAUCAGCUUCUCCUGGUGUGUUAACUAUAUCCGUGCUGGAACUCUCAUCAUGCUGGUUCACGACUCCUCUGAUUAUUUCCUUGAGUCUGCAAAGAUGUUCAACUAUGCUGGGUGGCGAAAUGCUUGUAACUACAUCUUCAUCGUAUUUGCUGCAGUCUUCAUUAUCAGUCGACUGGUCAUCUUCCCUUUCUGGAUUAUUUACUGUACGUGGAUUUACCCAGUGACCAUGUAUGAACCCUUCUUCGGCUACUACUUUUUCAACGGACUUCUGAUGGUUCUGCAGUGUCUUCAUAUCUUCUGGGCGGUGCUCAUCAUACGCAUGGCAAUUCGCUUCCUCACCCACAAUGAAAAAGUGGACGAUGAAAGGAGUGACAAAGAUGAAACGGAUGAAUCAGAAGAGGAGGAAGAGCAGGCUAAAAAGGACAUGAGGAAGAACGGGCCGGUGCAGAACGGUCACACAGUCCACAACAACAACCACAGCAAGAUAGAGUGAAAGCAAACAAGUGUCAGGAAGAAGGAAUGUGAGAUGGACUCAUAUCCCUCAGUAGGGGAGCCAGAGGGAGGGAUGGAAAGAGAGAAAAAGAAGAUUGGGGGGCCAGUCAUUCCCUUAAAACCAACAACAGCAGAAAUCCAGAGGAAAGUUGACACUGUUACUUUUGCACAACACAAAAACAAUCACACGUUCAUUCGUACAUUUAGACAACACGGAGAUCCAGCCGAUGAUAUACACUACAUUAAGUGGCAUGGCUUUAUUUGCUUUGUCACUAUUGAAAAUGUAUAGUUGUCAGUGUGUGUUGUCACCAUUUCAAAGAGACAGGGGAGAAAACGGACAGAGGAGGGGGGUGAUGCUGCUUCUACUUUAGCUUUCCUUGUUCUAUGUGCCUUAGAGCCAGCUAAUGGCUGUUAAAAUGCCAUUUUUAAAAAGCUUUCUACUUUAAUCACGCUUUGCUUUAUUUCUUGCACCUUUUCUGUUUUUUAAUAAAAGAACAAAAGAGAAUGAAAGUGAGAUAAUAGGGCAUUUCAUUCCCUAAUUUUCUGUCUAUGCAAUUACGUAAGUGUUUUCCGCUAUUGCAAAGUCUUUGCACACGUUUUUUUAAAUACUGUAAUAACUUGCAGUAGCACUGCCGUGCCUCUGCUCUCCAAUGCGGCCUCUGCCAUUAAAACUGCCUAAGUUUUAAAGAGUACAUUUGGUGUCAGUUUUGUAGAUAAACAUCAAGAAAUGUGCUUUCUUGUUUCUAAUUUCUGUUCUGUAUUCUUCAUCCAGCAUAGCUCUUUAUUUGCAAUUCCCUUUCUACAAUUGAUAUCUAACCUGCAAAGGUUAUCAUUCUUAACACUGCAAUAUAAAUCACAGCUUCCUGCUAGUUUUGAGGAUGCUGAAUAUUUUGUAUCUCUCUGGUUUGAAGCUGUUCAAUCCAGUCUAGUUUUGAAUCACGCCGAUGCUGCCACCCGCUGAAGAUGGAUGAGGUGGGCUGAAAUUCAGGAGUUUUAAUAAAUCUAAUGAAAUCGGACAAAUAAGCCAUUUCCAGUUUUUACAAAUACGGGCCAGAUUUCUUUGAUUCACUGCCUUGUAGCAUGGGUUAUGUUUGUGUACCUGGGUUAGAGAUUUAAUUGUUGAUCUAAAUGAAUGAUUUUAGGUAUGAUUGUGUGUAUGAAACCGGUUUUACAGGUACUGUUGUUUGAUGUUAAGGAGGUAAAUUACAUUAAAAACUAUUUUGAGCAGUUAAGUGUUUGAGAAUUGUGAUGGAUUCAAUAAAUGAGUGUUGCAGUUUGUUUGUUAUGCUUUACAUGUGUCUGUACGGCAAGUGCCUUAUCCGUAAUGUAUAAGAAGCUCUCUCUCCUGCACUUCAUGUCCUCUAGUUUUCUUUCCUGUCUCCACAUCAUAGAUCCAACUCUGAGUCUAGCAUAUCCUCCGCUGUCUCAUCCAUCGCCCACUCCUCUUCUUCAUAAAUGUCCCUUCUUUUAAACUCACCCUCAUUCCACCGCCACAUUCUUUUUUACUAACCCCGACCAACCAGCAACCUCUCGUCUCCAGGGAUACAGAGGCAGCUGUGUCCCAAUUACAGUGUUAUUUGUUUCUUAUUUUGUAUUCGUUUGUUUAAUGAUGCCUAAGUAUUGUUAUUAAUAAUAAAAACAAAAAUCAUGAAUCACAGCGAAA